CGCUUUUUUCUCAAUUUCUUCUCUACUCUCUACUCUAAUAAUAUAGAGUAGUUGUCUCCGUCAAGAUUCCAUUAUAUAUUUAAACUGCUAUCUGUUUCAAUUAUUGCGUAUGUAUUUGAGUUGAUCGCUUAGACGCAGAAUUGGGGUUCUCGAGAACAGAUAAAUAAAAAAAAAUGGGGAUUUCAUCAAGAUUCCAAAUGGACAGGCCGUUCUUGAUUGCUUCUCCUUAUGAGGAAGCAAAGAUCCGCAGGAGUCAAGAGUGUACCCAAGAGGGUGUUCGUGCUGGCGCCAAGGCUGCUGCAAUUGCAUGUGUUUCCAGCGCUGUUCCAACAUUGGUUGCUGUCCGAACGAUUCCUUGGGCGAAAGCAAACCUCAAUUACACUGCUCAGGCACUUAUUAUAUCUGCAGCUUCCAUUGCUGCAUACUUCAUCACCGCUGACAAAACAAUCCUGGAAUGUGCGAGGAGGAACACCCAUUACGACAAAACAACCUAAGGCGAUGACAUAGUAGUUGUGCUCUCGACCAUGCCAGGUGCUGUGUUGUAUCAGAGGAAAGAUGAUCAAGAUCAACUCUUCUUAUCCUUUGUGUACCUUCAAAUAAUGAAGUAUUAUGUUUUUUUUUUUUUGUGUUGAGCCCAAGUGGUGUUAUACUAUAGACUUCUGUAACUGAUUUGAGUAUGAAGGGAAUAUUUUUUUAAUUAUCAA